GACGAACAAGUGUUACAAUGUUUUGUAGUCCCUUAUAACUAGGGUAUUGAUUAAAGAUAUAUGUGACUUUACCAGAUUGUCCGUCAACGUAGCUGUCAAUUUCGAUUUGGUUAUAGGAUGCAUGUUGUAGAGGCCAGCGGAACACUAGGAAGCAGAAGACUGGAGUGUAUUCAUACAUAACAACUUACUGCUAUGCGACAAGUGGCUGUGCCCUCUGCUGCCCUGUUAAUCUGGCUUCUGUGGCUGCCAGUUAAUGGCAGAUUAUGUGAUUUUAAUUCUGAUGAUUGUCAGUGGAUACAAACAAGUGGUACUAACAAGACAGGAAGGCCAUCUCGAUUAAAGGAGUUUUUUUUAAGUACAAGAGAGGAAGUGGAAAAGUUUGGUUUGAAUGGAGCGAUCUUGGAUAUAAACCCAUUAAUUCCAAAAGGUCAUGAUUAUGUGCGACUUGUGGGAAAGAAAAGGCAUUCCCAGUUGGAAGGUAGUGUUGAAGUGAAAAAGACUGGGGUGUGGGGCACAGUGUGUGAUGAUAAAUGGAAUGAUCCUGAUGCCCGUGUUGUGUGUAGGAUGCUUGGAUACAGUGGUGGUAAAGCGUUUCAUGAAGCUCAUUUUGGGCCAGGAAGUGGUAAAGCCGGUCUGAUGGAGGAUGUGCAGUGUAAAGGCACAGAAUCUAACAUUCUCCACUGCAAGGUCAGAACAUCUGUAAAUAGAUGUUCCCAUACGGAAGAUGCAGGAGUCUCCUGUGCCGGGGAUACAUUUGCAUUACUGACAAGCACUGAUUCCAUGAACCAUUCCAAUGUGGAUUAUGUAGAAGUGGAGGGAUUGAUACAGAGUGUGUGGUACAGACCUGGGACGAUACAAAGACUCCGGCUGUCUUUCUACAGUUUACUGUAUGGGCCCGAAGACAGCUGUACCCUCACCAUAUCCCUGUGGACACAGACCAGUAUGAACACCAUACAUACAUUCAAUGCAUCUACAACAAAAGGAUGGACACUACAGAUGGUCAACUUUACCCUGGGUACUACUGACGAGUUCUACAUACAGCUACAUGGACAGAUUUUCUCUGCAGACAGCUUCAUUGUGGUGGACAAGAUCAAUCUAGAGGAGCUCAGCAUACAGGGUGAUUUGCCAUUAAAUGUAUGUGACCUGUCAGAAUUCGACUGCGGAGCGGGUGUGUGUAUUCCUGUACACAAACGCUGUAACUUAGUGGUGGAUUGUCCAGCUGAGUCAGAACAUUCCGAUGAGGACAAAGUUUUGUGUGGGUCGCUACCUGAGGAUGUGAUGUGUUCAUUUCAAACUGGUAUGUGUGGAUGGCACAGUGUUGGCAAUGGAAAAAAAAUUACCUGGAUACAUGAGCCAAAGUCUAAAAACAGCAUAGGUUAUGUUCAGACAAAUAUAUCAAAAGGCUUUGUGAUUAAGGACUAUGCGAUACUGGAGAGCGCCACUUAUGUCCGUCCACCUGCCCAGGUGUUUGAUCCCAGCUCACCAUACUUCAACAUGUGCAAGAUAAGGUUUUUUCUCCUUAUGUCAUCCACAAAAUUGAGUUUGAAAAUGGAAACUUUUUGUGAUGGAACUCAAGGACCCAAAACCCUGUCUAUUUUUCGUAGUAAAACAGAGAAAUGGAAAAAUGUUGUUGUACCUCUCAGAGACCCUAAAGGAAGCUACCGUUUACAAUUUAUAGCCUACAGAAACAGACAAAAUCUUCAGAUAAAGAUCAGAGAUAUAUCCCUGAGUAGGGAGUGUUUCAGUCUACAUGGGACGGCUAUUGAAAAAGUUACUAUUGAGCAAAAAGCAUGUGACUCUACAUCAACCACUCCAAAGCUGUCGGAUACUACAACACAAGAAGAUCUAGUAACCACGACAACCUCAGCUGUUUGGGAACAAGUGUCAACAACCUCCAACAGGACAACACGUUAUGAUUUCAACCCAUGCAAUGCUAUGGGACCAGAAGGCCCUACUCAAGUUAAAUGUGAUGAGGCAUAUAAAUCCACACCUGUCAAGGUCGAGGUCAUUACGGAAGGUCAUCUGAAGGGUAUUCAGAUUUGGACUGUUCCAGAAGAUGGUACAUACCUGAUCACAGCUAUUGGAGCAGCAGGGGGCAUUGGAGUGAAGAGUGAUGUCCAAUCUAAGUUAAAGGGAGGCUAUGUAUCAGGACGAUAUAAUCUGACGGCUGGGGAACAUUUGUACAUCCUAGUAGGACAAGAGGGUACCAAUGCUUGUAGCAGCCAGAUGGUUUCUGAAAAGGUGAAUGAUAUAUGUAGAGAAGGGAAACCUGACACAGAAAACGAAGAGGAUUUUUUUUAUGAAAAUGGAGGAGGGGCAGGAGGAGGAGGUGGAGCUUCAUUUGUGUUCAAGAAAGACAGCAGUUCAGAACAGUUCUUGCCAUUAAUUGUGGCUGGUGGAGGUGGAGGACUGGCAUACAGAUCAAAUUCGUCACAGGAUAAUCUUCAGGGUGUAAGGCUAGAUUCCGGGCCCUCUAUGUGUGGCAGUACUAACCCAAAAGGGGCUGGGGGUGGUGGUGGAUGGAGUUGUAAUAACACAAAUGCCUACCCACAGGCUGGUCAGCCCCUUCUACGUGGGGCUCUCGGGGGCAGAUCUUGCAACAAAUCCAUCAAUUCACUUAAUUGGAACACUCCUGGAGGAUUGGUGGUGGAGGAGGGGCGUGUGCCUCUGGAGGUGGUGGGGGUGGAUACUCAGGUGGAAAUGUGUCCCUACAGGAUGCUUUUGAGCACAGUGGAAGUGGAGGGGACCUCCUACUAUCACCCUGAUACCCUCUCACCUGAAAUACACCCAGGCGUGGGACAAAGCUAUGGUCUGGUGGAAGUGACCUUGCUGAUGAACUGUCGCUGCCAGUACUGGUGUAACAUCACCGACUUUGACAAGAGGAAGUACACCUGUAAAUGUAAAGAGGAGCAGCAGCUGGCCCCAGACCUCCACAACUGUCUAGCAGAGGGCAACAAGAGUGAGCAGAAGGCAGCAGAAGAUGAUGGAUUAGAACUAAGAUAUAUUGUCAUAAUAGCAUUAGGAUCAACAUGCAUGCUCCUGGUAGUUUCCUCAACCAUGGUCUGUCUGUAUCGUCAACACCAGAGACAGAAGCAGAGCAAUAUUACCAUGGAGCUAGGUCACCGUGCCAACCGUCAAUAUACGAUUAAUGCAUCAACACACAACGGCACUCUCCAACCUCGUAUUGGUCCGCCUAUUGGAAUGAUGGCUGAAUACAACCCCAACUAUGACUUUGUAGGCGCCAAGUACCCAGAAAAGCACCUCCCUGAAUUAAACAGACAUAAACUACGCCUCACUAGGGUGCUGGGAAGAGGCGCAUUUGGAGAGGUUUACAAAGGUUAUCUAGCGGGGGUCCCACACAUGACAGAAGAAUUACCUGUGGCUGUAAAGACAUUACCACUUUACAGUACUGAAGAAUCAGAGAUGGACUUCCUCAUGGAGGCAAUGAUAAUGAGCAAAUUCAGUCAUCCUAAUAUCGUUAAGUUGCUUGGAGUGUGUUUUGAAAACCAUCCACGCUACAUCAUCAUAGAGCUUCUUGAAGGGGGAGACCUCAAGACUUUCCUGCGAGAGAGUCGUCCGAAGCCAGGAACAUUAUCCUCAUUAUUGACUGUAGCUGACCUACUCAAACUGUCGGUAGAUAUAGCCAAGGGCUGCCAGCACCUUGAGGAGUGCCACUUCAUACACAGGGAUAUUGCAGCUCGAAAUUGUUUACUGACUUGUAAAAAUGCAGACAGAAUGGCAAAAAUUGCUGAUUUUGGUAUGGCCAGAGAUAUAUAUAGGUCCGAUUAUUACAAGAAAGGUGGUAAAGCUAUGCUGCCAAUUAAGUGGAUGCCGCCAGAAGCCUUCUUGGAUGGCCUGUUCACAACAAAAACUGAUGUCUGGUCUUUCGGUAUUGUGUUGUGGGAAAUUUUCUCCAUGGGAUACAUGCCUUAUCCAGGACGUACAAAUCAGGAUGUCAUGCAAUUUGUAACAACAGGUGGCCGACUAGAGGCUCCAGAUAACUGUCCAUUGCCCAUCUAUCAACUGAUGUCAAUCUGCUGGGCAGCUAUACCAGAAACAAGGCCAAUCUUCACCGAGUUACUGGAGCAUUUAGAGAGGUGUUUACAGAAUCCAGAUGUAAUCAAUGCUCAGCUUCCUGUAUUUUAUCCAAUUCCCGCCUUAGAAAAAGAAGGAACUAUUAUUCGUCCUCCGGGUAAUUUACCUCCCUUGGCAAUGCAACCUCUCCCAGAGGAAGCAUUUCAUCAAGAUAUACAUGAAUCUGACUCGAGGGAGCCCUUACUCACACCUUCCAGCUGUAACCAUGACGAUAAGAACUGCAGUGACAACAAUAAUGGCUCCAAGGCCAUGGACAAUUCUGCACUGCAGUGCCCUAACCUGGUAGUUAGACUCACACCUCCUGAUGGUGAUUCCAAAUCAAGUGAAAGCUCAACUCACCAGAAAAGUAGCCAAUCACUGUCCAGAUCAGAUUCUUCGAAUGCUUCUUUUGUUCCUUUCGUACUGGACGCUACAACUCAGUGUGGGGAUGCUAAGCCAUCUAAAUCUAACAAUAUGUUAGCAAACAAUGCUCAUCUCAAACACAUCUCUGCUGAAAGUAGCCCCCUUCUACCCCAGGACGAGGCCUCUAGUCAGGGAAGUCAUGAAAACGAUUGUAACACUAGGUCCCGGUCAGAGAGCAGCAGUGUGAAAUCUACAGAUCGUAAAAUGGCUGCCUCUAUAUUUGAAAGACUGAGGAAGGGAAGCAUGAAAAAGAGCUAAAACGGGAAAAAUGUACUCUUCAUGCCAGUUUCACUCUACUUUCAAGUUAUGAGAAAUUUCAGCUAAAUUUUUGUAAAUGUAUUUAAACAAAGUUAUAUUUUACAAUCAACAUUUCAUUAUCUCUUGAAAAACAAGUGGAAUUGAACUUUUUUUUUAAUUUAACUUUUCUUCAAUCAUCGCUUUAAAUUUCUAUAAUUUGAUUUGCGACUUUUUUUCUAUAUACAAUAAAAACAAUACAUGAAAAAAGUAUGACAUCAAAGUUACUGAUUUUUUUCUCAAAAACGGAAAUAUAAAAGCUACUCUUCCAAUGUACUUUUGUUGUAUGAGUUUUAGCACCUUGUAAUAUGUGACUUUGUAAAAUUAAGGAACUUGUCAUUGAUGAAUGAUUAUUGGCCUUCUAGAAGUAUACAUGAAAUGACACCAUUUCCCAUUUCAUUGUUUAGUGUACAUGUCAUUGUAAUAUAAAAAAAAUCCUCUCUUGAGCUUAAAAAACUGCAGACCAAAAAGAUGGAUCGAGCUAUCAUCUCCAGUUCUGUUUUGAAAUCAAUAAUCAAAAUUUACAUUUUAACCAAUUCUCCUGAGGUAAAUAUACCUUUAGUUUUAUCUGAUUAUUAAUCAAAAUUUAGCAGUGUACAUAUGCAUCCGAAGCAUAUUUUUCAUGGAAGCCAGAGCAUUAUUUUAACAUUCAUUAUUUUACAAUGGUUUAUGACAAACUGAUAUUAAAUCAUUCUGACCUUGGCCUCCCUUUCCUCAGUGUACUUUUGGCUAGUGAAUUGCUUGAUACAGGUUUCUAUGUCCAUACCAAUGAUUAGUUUUAGAUUUAUCCCUUUUUUCACCAUCUCAUCACCUUUAAAGUAACAAUUCAAAGUUUGUUUUCCAGAACUCUUAAAUAUUGCCGGCAUUCUAAUAUUCCGCACUGAUUUCAAAUAUUAUUCAGAACCAUGUACUAAUUGAACCAUUCCAUAGUUACAUUGAAAUUUUGACAUAGUAUCAUAAUUAUGAUCAAAUAUAAAAUCACCAAAAAUAUCCUACAUACUAUAUACUAUACACUCCUUUAUUUUUAUUAGUACGUGUAUUGAACUGCAGUCCAUCUGUGCUUGGUUUUGAAAUCCAGAAUAUUUUAUUGCAAAUGGUACACGAUAUCAAAUGUCUUACAUAAUGUUGUACUUAUGAAUGCCUAUUGUAAAUAUAUAUAUAUAUAUAAUAAAGUGUUAUGUUUUGUUA